AUCCGACCUCAUCUCCCCUACCCACACCUCCAUUUCCAUCAGCAACCUCUUCCAUUCGCGAGCAGAUAUCAGCAUUCUUACGCCAUCGCCUUUCCUGCGCAACCAUCGAUGAGGACCGCCGCGUCUUUAUCGCAGGCAUAAGCUGCGAUAGCUGCACUCUCACCCCAUACCAUCUUGCGCAAUCCCCUCAAUCGCGACUUCACGCGCAGACAUCAUGGCCAACUCCACCAUGAGCGGCGCCGCUCUGGAAUUUGCGCGAUCCAUCGAAGUUGCUUCCAUACCCGAGAAGCUUCGCUGCGCGCAAUGCGACAAGGUCGCCAUCAAUGCAUUUCGACUGCCGUGCUGCGAUAGUAGUAUUUGCGGGGACUGCAAAGAAUCCAUGACCGCGACCGAGUGUCCCGUGUGCACCCACUCGCCCUUCUCGGCUGACACUGCCACGGCUGCAAAAGCCCUUCGAACCACGGUCAAUGUCUUCCUUAAAACAGAAGCAAAGAAGCGUGGGAUGGACAUCAAAGGCGACACCCUGAAGCCCAUUGCGGCAGCGGAGCCUACACCUGCAGUAGCGGAUACCCCAGCCGUAGAGGCCGAGCCAGCACUCGCAGCUGCUGGUGACGCUGAGCUACCUAUAGCACCUGCUGAAGUCGAAGAGCCUGCUGCCAAUGGCGAUGCGACAUCAGCAACUGGUCCUGAGGCUGGUGUCGAGGACAUCACCAUCAACGCCAAUGCUGCGCACGCAGAGUCGAAGACUACUGAUGCCGAGCAGGAUGACGAGGAUGAAUCGGACGAUGACGACGUCGUAAUCACCACUGAACGACCCGAAGGCGAGGAACAUCAUCAUCAUCAUCAACAUCAAGAGGUGGAACCCGGCCACGAGCAAUAUGACGAACAAGCUAACAUCGGAGGCAAUAGUGACCAGAGCAUGGGCAUGAAUCAACAGCAAGGCUUCGGCGGCGGCGGCUUUGAUCCAAACAUGGCCGGCUUCCACAAUGGCAACUUUGCCAACAUGGGCAUGAACGGGUUCAAUCCGAUGAUGGGAAUGAUGGGCAUGGGCAUGCCAAACAUGAUGGGCAUGCCUGGUAUGGGCAUGGAUCCUUCGAUGAUGUUCAAUGGCGGCUUCGGCGGCAUGGGUGAUAUGAGUGCGAUGAUGGGCAUGGGAAUGGCUGGCAUGGGAAUGGGCGGCGACAUGUCUGGAAUGGGCAACUUUGGAGGCAUGAAUGGACCUGGUUUCUUUCCGAAUCAAGGAAACUUUAUGCAAUCACAGAAUUUCGGAAACGCUCCGCGACAAAACUUCUUCAAUGAACGUGGCUACAGUGGUCGCGGUGGCGGCCGUGGCUUCGGUAGAGGCGCUCGUGGUAACCAGUAUGGCCGUGGUCGCGGCGGUUUUGGACUUCAGCAACAGCAGUAUGGUGGCCAGAACGCAGACUUUCCGCCGAAUGCGCCCACUGGACCCAGUGGUGCACGUUCGCAGCAACAGCAGCAGACCGGUGCGAACACCAUGGAGUUAGCAAACAGACGUCGGGCUUCUCCGACUUACGACGCAGUGCAGGGAUCCAGUGAUGCCUCCGCUGCUGAGUCUGCAGAAAAGUCACAUGAUACCGCUGCCAGGGAAGACCAGGAUACGCCCACGCAGGCUAAUCGUGCAGAGGGUGAUACUAAUGCCACAGACGAGAACCCGGAGCCACUGCAACAGAAUGGCGACCACACGGGACAAGACACACAAGAUGCGACACAAGUCGGUGCCGAUCAGGCUGAAGGUCACAGUGGAGACAGUCGCGGAAGCGCAGGGUCGGUGAAUGGCAGCAACAUGAUGGAGAGUGCGGUGAUGGCAGAGCCUGUGUACGAGGACCUCGAUGAAAGCAUGCAAUUUGAGCAGCAAAACCACAGCAUGAAUGGUCGGGGCGGUUACAGAGGACGAGGUGGUCCCGCGUAUGGCGGCUACCAGGGCAGAGGCACCGAUAGCACUGAGUUGACCCCCAAGCCUGCGCCUCCUGUCAAUGCUCCUACUGGUCCCAAGGCUCUUCGUCAAGGCCUCCCCAAUACCGGCUGGGUGAGCAGGGCGACUCUUCAAAAGCCCACAUCGGCCCCUGUGACACAGCGAUCCGACUCGCAGCUCCGCUCCCUAGAGCCACGACUGGAUGCCUCACCAGAGCAUGAUCGCGGGACUCGUGAUCGUUCGGCAUCUCGAUCGGUCUCGAAGCACCGGAGCAGAGACGACAGAGAGCGUGAAGGAGAGGACGAGUAUGAGGACGAAGAGGCGUAUGCUCGCCGCAAGGAACGCAAGCGUCGCGAACGCAAGGAUCGCGACCGCAAAUAUGACGACGAUGGCCGCGAUGAGGAAAGUUCGUCCCGCAAGCAUCGCUCUCGAUCUGAAUCUCGGACCGACGAUGGCUCUCGGCGGCGACACCGCGACAAGGAUGACGAACACCGCUCCUCUCGCUCGCAUCGUGACAAGAGCAAAGACCGGCACCGUUCACGUCGUUAUCGCUCCAAGUCUCCCGUGAAAGACUAUGAGCAGGAUCAUGAUUCGCGUCGGAAGAGUAAGCGCGAUGACAAGUAUGACGAUUACAAGGAGAGUCGCAGUAGCCGAAAGGGGUCGCGUCGAGAGGAGGAAUACAACAAGUAUGAAGAGAGCAAGAAAGAUCGUUCGUCUCGCUCGUCGCGUCACGACAGACCUUCGCGCGAUGAAACUCGUGAGCGUGAUCGUCCUCGUCCUGUGAUUGAGCCGCCUUCAGACGAGCUUGGUUUCAAAAUCAAGGGCUCGACCAAGAACAAGAAAGACAAUAUGGCUCCUCCGUCACAGUCUUUUCAUCGUGAUCGUGGUGGCAGUGAACGUCGUGGCAGUGGUAUGACCGAGCCUUCUGCGCCCGCAGACCCAUAUGCCGAAGAACGUGCGCGCGCACAACAGAAUCGUGAAGCCAAAGAGGCUCAGCGCAGACAGUCUACGAACGACUCUCGUUCCUCCCUCGGCAAGCGCGGUCGUGAUCAUGAGGACGAAGGCGAGCGCGGUGUUCCCACGGGACCUAAGGGAGAUCGUGGUCGCAUGCUGCCGAAAAAGGGCAGAAAGGAGAGACGCAUAUCUUACAAGUACGAGGACGAGGUCGAGAUGAGCUAGAGUCUGUCUGCUCGUAUUAAUCAUACCAAUGGUGAUGGCACAGGCGAGCUUUUCCCGGAGAAGGUGUUGAGGAGCGCCGAGCGCCUCCUGCGGGCCUGAACAUUGCGAUUGUCCCGAAUAGCAAUCUACUUUACUCUGCUGAAGGUAGACCAUACCCGCGAACAAGAGACGGCAGGUUCCCUGGUGAGCUUAUGGGCUGUUGCGAAAGCUGAGGCCUGGGAACUCUGGAAGGGCACUACAAGGACAUGCUUAUAUUGUAUGUCACUAACAAGAGCGAGAACAGCGCCCGUACAAGUGUGGAGUGAAGGACUGCGAGAUGGUCGUGGAAAGGUUCCGAGGUCACAGCAUCCACACGAAAGACUCGAGUUGUAGGGGGUGGUGUCGUUGAUCCCCGGGCAUGAGGUCUAUGGCGUGUACCCCCUCCCCUAUAUAUCACGCCCGCUUCAAGACGCAAAGUACCUACCUCUGCUUCUAUCAUGGUGCUCUCACAUGUAUAUACCGUACGUGGGAGAUAGUACAGUACAGGAGGUACAUACCUUGACCUGAUGGGAGUGAUGCGCGACGAGGCUGGCUGUGCUGGGAAGACGCUUGCUGCUGUAUAUGUAGGUAGUAAUCCAAAAAUUAAUCAAUUAAUUCC